AUGGUGGUCCCCCCAGGCAGCUGGAGCAGGCUCCAGGGUAUCCUCAUCACCUGCACUAUGAACGCGAGUGCAGGAGGCCUACAGGCUCUCAGUGAACACAGCGACCACUUGUAUGGGUUACAGAAGUUUACAGAUAAUGAUCAGCAGCCCCGUGGAAAUGAGGGAGAAAACAAUGAUGUGGAGGUUGCUUUGGAGAAAAAAUUCCAUGACAUGAAGGCAUCGACAGAGGAGAGACUAAGAGGAUUCCCAUCAGUGGAGAGGGAAGCAGUCAGGACACUUGGGAUAGAACGUGAGAAGUUAGUGCAUCAUACUCUCCAGGAUAUGUGCAAAACCAAGAAGGCGACGCGGGUUAUCUACCAGUUACUCAUUUCAGACACAUGCAGAGCUUUCUUAAAAGAUAUGAAAAAAUAUGCAGAAACAUUUUUGGAACCCUGGUUUAAAGCCCCAGACAAAGGAACAUUUCAGAUUGUAUAUAAAUCUCCAAAUAACAGUCACAUGAACAGGGCAGAAGUUAUCAAAGAAUCAGCAGGAUUAGUGGGCAGCUUCAAUUCAGAAAAUGAAGUGGAUCUCACUAAUGCACAGCACACAGUGGUCGUAGAAAUCAACAAAGCUGGCUGUUGCCUGAGUGUUGUGAAAGAUUACAUGUUGUUCAGAAAAUAUAGUCUUCAGGAGGUUGGGAAGAGGGCCAAAGACCUGUCACAGCUUAACCCAAAGCAGGGAAAUGGGAAAGAAGCUAAACUGGAAUCUGCUGACAAAUUAAAUCAAAACGACCCAGCAGAAGGAAAAAACCAGCAAGUGGUACCAGGGAAUAGUGAGGAGCUGGGGCAGACAAAACAGAUGUCUGAGAUGCAGAAGGUGAAUGAGAGAGGAGCUGAACCUGACCUUGCAAGUCAAGUCACAGAAGGAUCCAAGUCAAACGAAGGUGACCUCUCAUUUGGUGUUGGAGCUUCCUCCUCCACCACCACCCCCAAAUGCCCACAUUGCACUUCCCAGCACCAGCUGCAUCCCGGGCUGCUCCUGAAAGAGUCACCUUGUAGCGAGUGCAGACGCUGGCACUGGGCGCCUGCAGAAGUCAGGACGCUCCGCUCCUGGGCCAGCGACCCGGGUGGGGAGCCAAGGCGGAGCGCAGAGGGCGAUGCUCGGUCUUCCGAAUCGCACCAUCGAAACCCGGCUGCUGUGGUCGUAUUCAGACCAGAGUGCGAGGGCGCAGAAACCCCCGACAGGGGCGGCCUCCGCGGCCUAGCGCCAGCGGGGUCAGAGCUUCGAUGCCCGGCGCCCUGGGCGCACCAGCCCAAGGGCGCGCUGCGGGAUGCGGGAGCCUGGCGCCCACCCUCCGACGCGGCUCGGAGGCAGGAGGGGGACCCCUGGGUCCUCGGGGACGGGGCAGGGGUGGGUGAGCGGGGACUGGGGCGUGCAGGGGCGCGGAGGGAGCCAGCGGUGGCCGGGCUGCCGGGCGAGGGCCGAAUUGCAGGGGGCGCACGGGCGCGGGGACACCUUUCUGAAAGAAGCCUGGGCCAACUGCCAGGAGCAGCCUUGGAAAACUUCCAGAAGACCCCUGUGGGGGCUGAUGUCGGGGAGGAAGGGGAGGCUGUGACUGGGCAGUUGAACCAGCCUUGGACCCUGGGUAAAGGACAAAGAUGUACGUUCAUCCUGAGUGUCUCUGGAAAGUCCAAAUCCUCCUGUGCCGAGUCCUUCCUGACAGCUGGGCAGCCAGUGGAGGGCUUCCCAGCUUCCAGAUCUCGUGUCUUCUAUCCCCGCACCCUGGGUAGUUCUGUCCAUGGGAUCCAUGGUGGCAUGAAAACGCUCCCCAACGAUGUGAGCAAGGUGCUAGGCUCAUUGACCCUGUGA